GGCCUCAUUUGCAUAGGGCGGGACCACGUCCUCUUCUAGCCGGCGGCCGCCCGACCGCCGCUUCCGUCAGCCUCACUGCGGUUUCCUUCCGUCUUGCUCCGCGUUGCUGGAGGCUGUGGUCCCAAUGCUCCCCAAACGGCGGCGAGCGCGGGUCGGGUCCCCUAGCGGCGAUGCAGCUUCCUCCACGCCGUCCUCGACGCGCUUCCCCGGCGUCGCCAUCUACCUGGUCGAGCCCCGCAUGGGUCGCAGCCGCCGGGCCUUCCUCACACGCCUGGCGCGCUCCAAAGGCUUCCGUGUCCUCGACGCCAGCAGCUCCGAAGCGACACAUGUUGUGAUGGAACAGACCUCAGCAGAGGAGGCCGUCAGCUGGCAGGAGCGCAGGAUGGCAGCUGCUCCCCCGGGUUGCACCCCCCCAGCUCUGCUGGACAUAAGCUGGUUAACAGAGAGCCUGGCAGCUGGGCAGCCUGUACCUGUGGAGUGCCGGCACCGGCUGGAGGUGACUGGGCCCAGGAAGGGGCCUCUGAGCCCAGCAUGGAUGCCUACCUAUGCCUGCCAGCGCCCCACGCCCCUCACACACCACAACGCUAGCCUCUCGGGCCCCUCCCUGCAGGAGGCUCUGGAGACACUGGCCGAGGCAGCGGGCUUUGAAGGCAGUGAGGGCCGCCUCCUCACCUUCUGCAGAGCAGCCUCAGUGCUCAAGGCCCUUCCCAGCCCUGUCACAACCCUGAGCCAGCUGCAGGGGCUGCCCCACCUUGGAGAACACUCCUCUAGGGUUGUCCAGGAGCUGCUGGAGCUUGGAGUGUGUAAGGAGGUUGAGAGAGUUCGGUGCUCAGAGAGGUACCAGACCAUGAAGCUCUUCACCCAGAUCUUUGGGGUCGGUGUGAGGACUGCUGACCGGUGGUACCGGGAAGGACUGCGAACCUUGGAUGACCUCCGAGAGCAGCCCCAGAAACUGACCCAACAGCAGAAAGCGGGGCUCCAGCACCACCGGGAUCUGAGCACCCCAGUCCUGCGGUCCGAUGUAGAUGCCCUGCAGCAGGCAGUGGAGGAAGCUGUGGGGCAGGCCCUGCCUGGGGCCACUGUCACGCUGACCGGCGGCUUCCGCAGGGGUAAGUUGCAGGGCCAUGACGUGGACUUCCUCAUCACCCACCCCAAGGAGGGCCAGGAGGCGGGGCUGCUGCCCAGAGUGAUGAGCCACCUGCAGGACCAGGGCCUCAUCCUGUACCACCAGCACCAGCACAGCCGCUGGGAGUCCCCUACCCGCCUGGCCCAGCAGAGCCACAUGGACGCUUUUGAGAGGAGUUUCUGCAUUUUCCGCCUACCACAACCUCCAGGGGCUGCUGUGGGGGAAUCCACAAGGCCCUGCGCAUCCUGGAAGGCUGUGAGGGUGGACUUGGUUGUCGCACCCAUCAGCCAGUUCCCUUUUGCCCUGCUCGGCUGGACUGGCUCCAAGCUUUUUCAGCGGGAGCUGCGCCGCUUCAGCCGGAAGGAGAAGGGCCUGUGGCUGAACAGCCAUGGGCUGUUUGACCCAGAGCAGGGAAGCAGCAGUGGCAUGACUCCUAGGUCAUGGAAGUCCUGCUUCUGUUGCAGAAGACGUUUUUCCAUGUGACUUCAGAGGAAGACAUCUUCAGACACCUGGGCCUCGAGUACCUUCCUCCAGAGCAGAGAAACGCCUGAGCCUGCCUGUGGCCCCCACAUCCACUCAGAAAAUCCAUUGCCCCCAACUUGGCCACUGAAUGUCUCCAGGCAGAUAUGCUGCCCCCCAACCCCCACCUUCACCCCUCUCCGCCAGGGCCUGACUCUGCUGGGGGUCAGUUGUGCCUGAAGGAUCAGUUGAGCCGCUGCUGGCGUGCUGCGGGGUGUGGUGAGGUGGGAGCCUUCGGUGCCAGCCUCAUCACUGUGUGACCCUGGGUCUGCUCUUAGCCUUACCAUGGCUCACGUUCCUGCCCUGGACGGGAUGUGAGCGGGGCCCACUUCAUGGAGCCGUGGCGGGGCCUGCAGUCAUGAAUGGCAGGUGGUCCCUGAUGUGCAGUGUCCCAUCAGUUGCACUGCAGUUACUGUGGCUCUUGCAGGGAGCCUGCCCAGAAUGCCUAGAAGAGAACCAUGCGUACCUGCGCUGCUUUUGAGAGCCAUGAGCUGGAGGCUGUGGUUCUUGCCAGCAAGGAGCCUACUGUCUGGUGUGCUGUAGGCAUCUGGAGAGGGAGAGGGCCUGGGUAGGAGUUAGGAGGAAGGUAAUUUUCAACUAUGAGGCUUCAGUGCUGCAGCGCCCCGAGCCAGGCUCUGUGCUUCUGCCUUUAAGGCCUGUUCUCAGCACAGUGUCUCAAAAAUAGGUCAUAUCCUGCCAUUCCAGUCGCAGAGCCCUUUAAUGGUUCCAAACCCUAAGUCCACACAUGGUCCCUGGUUCUGGCAUCUCUCCAGCCCCACUGGCCCCAAGCUGUUUGGCUCACCGGCUUCCUAUUUGAUGCACUCAGGCCCCCUUGGGGCCAAUUCCCUCCCCUUCUCACUGAGUCAGAAGCACUGAGGUGGGCUGGACACAGGUUCACUCCACAUCCCUCAUUUCCCCAGGCAUACUCUGGCCUCAGGCUUUGAUCCACCUGGAGUGUGCCCUCCCCUUCAGGCCUUGAAUCAAGUCACUUUGUUAGGUGAGGACUUCCCAGACCACUCAUCACAUUAAAAAAUAUUUUGAAAAUGAACAUGCAGUAAA